AUGUUGGAACACCUAGGUGCGAAUCCAAAAUCGCUUUAUAAACAUGACUACGGCCAGAAGACGCUGACGGAUCGCGUUCAGAAUGGAACAGUCUGUGGUAAAUGUCUUCCAAAAUUCGAGGAAUUCCUGAAGUUCGCUGGAACGAUUUACGAAGAAAUGUGCGGACAGAUACCAAUCAGCAUUGUACGAGGCCGUAGAUGUUCGUCUGGUUUGCUUACGCUGUGCAUGGACGGUGGCGGUAUACGCGGCCUGGUCUCCGUCGUCUGCCUUCUUUUUGCGUCACGUCGAAUUCUUGGUGAUGAGACACUGGUCAACUAUUUUGAUUGGCUUAUAGGUACAAGUACCGGUUCUAUGCUCGCAUUGUCAUCAGCGAAUGGACGUACACUAAGCGAGUGUUUUUUUCUAUAUUGGACUAUGAAACGGCGAAUUUUUCUCAAAGGAUCAACAAUGUCACGACUUCUAGGAAAUCAAGUGAGCUUCACUGAAAAACUAACCAGGAGCAAUAAUCUAGGAGAUAAACUAAUACGACGGAAGAUACACUAG